UGGCCUAGACUUACAAUACGUUGGUUGUUAAACAGAAAAUACUCGUGGAUAACAUGUGCUGGUGUCUGCCAUUCUAGUGUUAAGGGUCUUGGAAAAUGAUGUGUGUCUGAAGACCACUAAACUGUGUGGGGCUAUUCCGACCUGCAGAACAAACCUGAUUUGAACCUUUGGUGGGAUAAAACUGGAACUUGAAUUUGCUCUGAUUGUAUUCAGCUCAAAAAAAAAAAAAGAUUUUGCUCUGAUUGUGAGCUUCAACUUUGUUUGGAACUUAUAGAUGUAGAUACUGCUUCAAUCAAUGGACCAAUACCACAACACUCUCCAAAAUGAAGAAGAAUCCCUUUCUCUCUCCACGUUGGCUUCCAUGAGAUCCCACAUCAUCAACCCUUCAACUCCCCAAUCCACCCUAUGUUCCAUCCUUCAAAAGCUGACUUGCUCACUUGAACUUAGUCAUGACAAAGUACUUCUUCAUUACUCUCUCAACCUCCUCACCCAUCUUGCCUUCCACCACUCUUCCUUUUCUCAUUCCAUCUUUCAAUCUGUCUGUUCUCAUCCUCUUCUCUCUGCCCAGUCCACUCGUCUUGCUGUUGACUCACUCCAAGUACUGGCUUUGAUCACAGAACGUGUUCCAGCACUUGGCUUGAAUAUGGACAAGCUUGAUGAUGGGUUUUUUGUUUCUCUCUGUUUUGGCCCCUCUGUAUCUGCACGUUUAUGGUUGCUGAACAACGCAGGGCGCUUUCAACUUCAGCCAUCUUUACUGUUUACUGUGUUUCUAGGGUUCACAAAGGAUCCUUAUCCUUAUGUGAGAAAAGCUUGCCUGGAUGGACUUGUUGAUUUGAUUAAUCAUGGUGUCUUCGAAGACUCUAGUUUGGCGGAUGGGUGUUACCAUUGUGCUGUUCAACUUCUGGGUGAUAUGGAAGAUUGUGUGAGAUCAUCUGCAAUUCGUGUUGUUUCUUCAUGGGGGCUGAUGUUAGCAGCUUCUGAUGCUGACAUGAAAGGCUACUGGUCCAAUGAAGUAUUUGCCAAGCUCUGUUCUAUGGCAAGAGAUAUGAGCAUGGAGGUCAGGGUUGAAGCUUUUUGUGCCCUUGGGAAGAUUGAAAUAGUAUCUGAGGAUUUGCUUUUGCAAACCUUAUCAAAGCGAGUCCUAGAGGUUGGAAAGAAAAAGGAAGUGUUUGGCCGGAACACAACUGAACAAUUUAAAAUGCUGGCAGCUAGUGUUGCUGGUGCACUAGUGCAUGGACUUGAAGAUGAGUUCUUUGAGGUGCGAAAGUCUGCAUGCCAGUCCUUGCAAAGACUUGCAGUCCUCUCCGCUGAGUUUGCUCAUGAAGCUUUGAACAUUUUAAUGGAUGUGUUGAAUGAUGAUUCGGUGACUGUUCGAUUGCAAGCUUUGAAAACUAUGUAUUAUAUGGCAACUAGUGGCUGUCUGAAGGUUCAGGAAAAACAUUUGCACAUGUUUAUUGGUGUUCUAGCUGACAACAACAGGGAAGUGAGAUGUGCAGCAAGGAAAAUACUUAAACAAGUGAAGCUGAAUAGUCUCUUGUUGUUUAAAUCAGCAAUCGGUGGUCUUCUAGAUAGUUUGAAUAUUUACCCACAGGACGAAGCUGAUGUAUUUUCAGCUGUUUCCCAUAUUGGCCGAAAUCACCAGCAGUUUGUAGCCAUUGUAUCCAAGGAAGUUUUUGAAGAGGUAGAAGCAGCUUUUGAAGGCAACUCAGAAUUCAAUAGUGCGAGAGUGGCUGCACUUUUAGUCCUUUGUGUCUCUGCCUCACUCUCACGUGUAAAUGUAGGCACCAUACCUCCAAUUUUGUUUUCUUACGCUGUUACACUCCUAGGGAGGAUUUAUUCUGCUUUUAUUGAUGUUAUGGAUAGGGAUGCCCUUUUGGCCUACCUAUCUGAUAAAAGUAGAUCUAUUGGUUGUUUAGCCUCCGAUAUUAACCAUGGUGAAGGGGAGCAACAAUUACCCUUAGUUCAAGGUGAUUACAGUUAUUGCGCCAGCAUUGAUGUGACAAGUGUUGUUGAGACAUCACACACAAGAGAUGUGGAGUCUGAAACUCAGUCCCAUUUUGUGAGGGAGCCAAAAGAUAUACUCAAUUCUCAAGUAGAACAACGGCCAGUGCAUGACGAAGUUAUAAAGUUUACGGAUCUUACUCUUUUGAAGGUCCCAGGUAUCUGGUCCCUCAUACAAUCUGGCUUUACAAGCGAAGUUCUUCAGAUCCUAAGUGGGAAGGAAGAUCUGGCAACUAUGAGAUUUGAUACUAUGGAAUCUGCUGAUGCUUUAGCAUUUACUUUGCAAUAUCUUCGAAUAAUAAAGGGCCUUGCAAAAAUUUGGGGAAAUUUCUUCCAAGAGAAAUUGAUAUGUUCUCGUGCAAUGGGAGCAAUAGACUUUGAACUGGCAAAGCUUGAUAGGAGAGUUAAAGAAUUCAGAUAUCGGUUCAUAGGCUUUUCUCCGCAGGAGGAAUUGAAUGUCUUGGAGCUAAUGUUGGUCACUUGUGUUCUUAGGCUGUGUAAAGUUGACGUAUGCUGUCGAAUUCCUACAUCAAAGAGGUUGACUGCAAUAUUUUCGCACGUAGAAUUUCUCCUCAAAGAACGCUCUGUCAUGCCAUCCACAUUCAUAAUUGAACUCAGGAAAUUGUUAUCUGAAGGUGGCACCUCCAUAAAUGACGCUUCCCAGAGUCAUUUGGAGUUUUACAAGUGUCUCGAGUCAUUCUCCUUGAAGCAGUUCGUUUGUAGUGGAACAAUUAGACAUGUACGAGCGGAGCUAAGUAUUCUCAGUAGUGACUCUGAACACCCUCUUCCUUUCGUUUCGGGACUACCAGUAGGCAUUGAGUGUGAUAUCACCCUCCACAAUAUCACCAAUGAUAACAGAUUGUGGCUGAGCAUGACCAUGAAUGAUGAUGGUUCAACGCAGUAUGUUUUUCUAGAUUGGAAGCUUUUUGAAGGCUCUGGAGAUCAGGUGAGGAAUUCUGCAUUUGUUGCCCCAUUUUAUGGAACCCCAAAGGCUACUUCUUUCAGGAUAAGGGUAUGUAUAGGCUUGGAAUGUUUAUUUGAGGAUGCUGUUUCCUGGCAAACUUAUGAAGGGCCAAGACAUGAACUUACAUUUCUUUGUCCCGAAAAAGAAGUUUAUCUUUCCAAUGUACAAAAGACUAAAUCUCAUUCCCUUUAAUAAAACAUUGUAGUCUUGUUUUUUUGGUGGGAUGACAUCUGGAAUUGUUGCGCCAGAAAUUCCAAAUUCCUAUGUCAAAAGGCUAAAUUGUGUUCUUUACCUUCCUCUAUGCAAUAGUAUAAUUGCAGGCAAUUUCAAAUGAUAA